AUGACUGAUCUUGGUGCUCUUCAUCACUUCCUGAGGAUUUCAGUUACUCGGUCUUCUGAUGGUCUGUUCUUGUCACAGAAGCAGUAUGCUAUGGAUCUUUUGCAGCGUGCUGGGAUGAGUGAAUGCCAUUCUACCACGACCAUAGUAGAUUGUAAGUCCAAGCUUUCUGCGUCUGAUGGAGCCCCUGUUGCUGAUCCUUCUGAGUACAGGAGUAUUGCUGGAGCUCUUCGGUACUUGACACUCACUCGACCUGAUCUAGCCUAUGCUGUUCAGCAAGUCUGCUUGUUUAUGCAUGAUCCUCGGGAGUCUCAUCUUGCUCUUGUCAAGCGCAUUCUGCGCUAUGUCAAGGGGACCUUGUCUUCUGGUCUUCAGAUUGGUGUUGGUUCUGUGGAUUCCCUUAUAGUGUAUUCUGAUGCAUACUGGGCUGGUUGUCCUGACUCUCGUCGCUCCACUUCAGGUUACUGUGCCUAUCUUGGUGAUACUUUGGUUUCUUGGUCCUCCAAACGGCAGACUACAAUGUCUCGUUCUAGUGCUGAGGCUGAGUACUGGGCAGUAGCACAUGUGGCUGAGUGUUGCUGGAUUCGCCAAUUUCUUUAG